AUAAAACGUACAUUUGUUGAAUGUUAAGUUAGUAGAUAGUAAUUUGUAUUCUACGGGAGUACUGAUAACAUUUUUUCGAGACGACUUUCGACCGCUGCAGUUAUGAACAGGAAGCGACUUGCGGCAAUCCUGAUAUUAUUGAUUGUUCACAGUCUGUAUGGGCCAUGUUGUAGCCAGAGCUAUGGCCGUCAUCAUCACCAUCACCAUGACGAUUAUAGUAGGCGUGGCGGCGGAGGAGUAUUGAGCGGGCUGGGGACCGUCUUAGGAAUUGCUGGUGCAGGCUUGCUAGCAGGUGCUAUUACAAGGGGAGUAACUCGUGGAUUUUCUGGUGGAGGAUUUGCAUACCCUGCUGCCUACCCACAACCCGUGGUUCCUGUUGCAUACCCGGCAACUACAUAUCCCGGCGACGGGUAUGUAGAUCCAUACUAUUCAGGGGGUAUCCGGACCAUGUAUAGACAACCAUACGUUGGUGGUACGGCUUACGGCGGAUCACCGAUUGUAGGUGGUACGGCCUACGGUGGAGCAUAUCCAGGAGCUGUGGGCAGAGUGAGAACUGUGUCAGAUACUUUAUACCAAAAUGUAUAUUAACUGAUAUUUGAUUUCAUUAGGUCAAUUGAUUAAAUAAAAUCCCUGGAAUAAAAUAA